CAGGCUCGGGCUCGGGCUCGGGAUCGGGCUCGGGAUCACAAGACUUGGCAUAUUUCCGUUAACGUCGGCCCAUAUCUCUGUAUUGUCAUCUUACCAAUCUCCUCCCUAGUGAUAUGCCUAGAGCAUAAGGGAUAUGUUACUAUCAUUCUCCAAGCACACACUAUAGCACAGAGAGCCACAGAUGUCGGCGUUAGUAAAGCGGUAUCGCCGCCGUCUAGAGAUGGGGAUGUAAAAAGGGAGACACUUCCUCACUCAUCGGAAUAAAUCCCUUAUACUACUCUUCAGCUAUACACGAAUUCGACUCAUAAGGUUGAUUUGACGCGAAAGAAAACUACAAAAUCAAAGUACCCGCUCCUUCAAAUCCGAAUGCCUAGUAUCCAUAAUGUCGCUCUUGCAGGCGCAAGUGGUCCCAUCGGCACUGCAACCCUCUCUGCGCUCACAUCCGCCAACUUCACUGUCACAGUCCUGACCCGGCUCACCUCAAACACGCGACUUCCAUCGUCAGUCGACGUCGUCGCUGUGGACUACACCUCUCUAACCAGUCUAACCUCCGCUCUUCGCGACAUGGAUGCGCUCGUGUGUACGGUCGGUUAUGCAGGGAUGGCAAGUCAGCGACUCCUUAUCGAUGCUGCCAUCGCCGCGGGUGUCAAGCGUAUCGUUCCAUCCGAAUACGGCUCCGACCCAGCAGACGCAAAGGCAAGGACAUUGCCUGUCUUUCAGGACAAAGUAGCUGUGGAGAAGUACGUGAAAGAAAAAACUUCAGGGACGAUGACAACAUACACGCUUUUGUGUAACAACCAAUUUUUCGACUGGGACCUGGAGAACAACUUUGGAAUUAAUAUCAAAGAGAGGAAGAUGGAGAUUUUCGACGGUGGCGAGCACGUGUACACGGCGACCCCGUUAUCUUUUGUCGCAAGUGGGAUAGUCGGCGUAUUAAUGAACUCCCUGGAGACGAAGAACAGUGUUGUGAGGCUUCAUGGGACUAGUAUGACACAGAACAAACUUUUGAGUUUGGUCCAGAAAUUCACAGGGACCGAUGGUUGGGAUCUCAAGCACGUGAGAAGUGAUGAAAGAGAGAAGGAAGGGUAUGAGAAGUUGCAAGAGAAUCCUGGAGAAUUCUAUGGCUGGGCGGUCCCAAUGUUGCAAGCUGCGACGUUCGGAGAGGGGUUCGGGAACGAUUUUUCAAUGAAACACGACAAUAAGUUGGUGGGGUUGGAGGAUUUGGGAGAAGAUACGGUGGCGGCGAUUGUGAGGGAGAGAGUCUGAGGCAAAGUGGUUGGGCGAGAUGGGAUAUUCUAAGGACCUUAUAUCAAGCCCUAGACUUGCAUAUGUUUCUACCUUAUCAGAAGACACACUUGUCGAAAUUACUGUACGGUAGAGGAUGAGAUCGGGAUGUUGCAACCACUUCUCCAAUCCUGCCAUCGAUUCAGAGAUUCUCUGAUGCCGAAUGGGGCUAAGAUGAGAUAACACCGGGAAAGUAAACGAUAAACAUUGCACAUAAACAGUGGUUCCGGGACUACGAAAAUAA